UUUAACAUCCCAUCGUCUUGCCUUUUUUUCCUCCUUUUAUUACGUUACCAGGGCCUUUGAGUGUUCUCUGGAAAGAGAGAGAGAGAGAAAGAGUUUUUAGAGAGAGAAAAAUUAAGAUCUGCGUUUGUGUUUGUUGAAGAAGAUGAAGUCCUGCGAACUUUGCAAAUCUACGGCUAGGAUCUAUUGCGAAUCUGAUCAGGCUAGCUUGUGCUGGAGCUGCGAUUCUAAGGUCCAUUCCGCGAACUUCCUUGUAGCAAGGCAUUCACGGAGCCUUCUUUGCCGCGUGUGCCAGUCUCCGACACCGUGGACUGCUUCCGGCGAGAAGCUUGGGCCGUCGACUGCGUCGGUUUGUGAGAAGUGUGUCGUUGACGCUACUUCUGAUGACGAUGAAGACAGAGAAGAGAGUCAGGGAGGAAAUAAUGAUGAUGACGAUGAGUACGACGGAGAUGAAGACGAAGAAAAUGAGCUUGACAUGGAAGAUGAGGACGGAGAUGACUUUCAGGUGGUGCCGUUGUCUUCUACACCGCCUCCGGCAGCGAGUUCCUCCAGCAGUGAAGAAUUUUCUAACAGCGAUAGAGGCAUUUUAGUUAAGCGAAAACGCGAGAAUGUAGCAGAUCUUUCCUCAGAGGAUGAUGUCGAUUGCUCAUCGGUUCAGAAAAACCACCGUGCGGCGGAGGGUAACAGAGCGACAUUGCAUCAAUUUUUCCCUUCGAGUUCGGAGGCGAUCGUUGAGAGACUUAAGAAUUUCCGGCACCGGGACAAGAUCUCCGGCAAGAACAAGCCUGGACCGGCCGUUGACGUCAGUAAAGCAACGAGAGCCGUCGGAUUAGACCUAAACGCAUCCGCAUCAGCUUCUGGUUGGCCAUAGUUGUAGUGUAGGUAGAACCCUAAUUAAGUAAAUGCUAUUAUUGGCUAACAAGUAACAAUACAUCCCCACAAAUUAGUUUCGAUCAGAUGGACAUAACCAUGGUUUUAUUUAGGUUAUCAGUAGUGAUUGAUUGAACAAAUUUCUUGAUUACGAUUUGUAUUUUUUUUCUUUUUUU